AUGUCAGCCCCAGGUAAAUGUCUUCUGAAUAUCUGUUGAUUUAGAUAUCAUAUUAUACUGGGGUUGCUGUUUUGUUUAUUUUCUCAUAAAUUGCAUCUUUGCAGGAUUACUUUUUGUCUGUGCUCAUAGGCCACUUUUCAGUACAUAACACACAGAUGCGCGCAACUUUUGGCUGAAAGAAAGCCAUCGCCAUCUGCGCCCAUUCAACCUAGCCUAGAUUUACGUUUUUAUUACUUAUAAACAAAAUAACUGUUUUGGGUUCUCAUACGCUUAAAAUGUUGUUUUGAUUAUUGCUGGAACAGUCACCAAGAUUAUAUUUGGUUGUGAUCUUUGCAAAAUAACUAUUUUGGAUGCAGCGGUUGUUAGCUAGAAUGAUAAUGCUAAUUGACAUAGGCUGUAGCAAAAGCUAGCCAAAGAGCCAUUUUACUGGUUAAAGUUGAAGUGUUUUUUUAAGUAUAUUUUUGCGUUAAUGACAGACAUUACAUUAAGCAGGACAUUCAUACGAGCCUUAAAAUACAAUUAUAAUCCAAAAGUUGUGUGAAAUGCACUCAUAAGCAGCAUGAAAAUUGAGGUGUUUUUUGCUGGCUUUCUAUGAGAACUCCCCCUUGUUCUCAGCCUGGUGUCAUGGACUAGACGUAACAUCAUAAAUGUAAACAGUCAAAUUAGUAUGAUAUGUUACGUUUGGUAUGGUUACAUAAGACUGAUGGUUACGUCUAGCAACCCAAAGGUUGCGAGUUUGAAUCUCAUCACAGACAACUUUAGCAUUUGAGCUAAUUAGCAACUUUUCAACUAUUUAUUACAUUUUAGCUACUUUGCACCCUACUUAGCAUGUUAGCUAACCCUUCCCCUAACCUUAACCCUUCCCCUAACCCUUUUAGCUAACCCUUCCCCUAACCUUAACCCUUUAACUUAACUCCUAAAUUUAAUCCUAAUCCCUAACUCCUAGCCUAGCGAACAUUAGCUACAUAGCUAGAAUUUGUAACAUGUCACACGUUCUGCAAAUCCGUAACAUAUUGUACAUUUUUGCAAAUUUGUAACUCAUUGUACGUUUUACAAAUUCGUAACAAAAAAUACGAAUUGUAAUUCGUAACAUAUACGAAAUGGGUGAUGGACAUCCACAAAUUAAUACACUGCUCAAAAAAAUAAAGGGAACACUUAAACAACACAAUGUAACUCCAAGUCAAUCACACUUCUGUGAAAUCAAACUGUCCACUUAGGAAGCAACACUGAUUGACAAUAAAUUUCACAUGCUGUUGUGCAAAUGGAAUAGACAACAGGUGGAAAUUAUAGGCAAUUAGCAAGACACCCCCAAUAAAGGACUGGUUUUGCAGGUGGUGACCACAGACCACUUCUCAGUUCCUAUGCUUCCUGGCUGAUGUUUUGGUCACUUUUGAAUGCUGGCGGUGCUUUCACUCUAGUGGUAGCAUGAGACGGAGUCUACAACCCACACAAGUGGCUCAGGUAGUGCAGCUCAUCCAGGAUGGCACAUCAGUGCGAGCUGUGGCAAGAAGGUUUGCUGUAUCUGUCAGCGUAGUGUCCAGAGCAUGGAGGCGCUACCAGGAGACAGGCCAGUACAUCAGGAGACGUGGAGGAGGCCGUAGGAGGGCAACAACCCAGCAGCAGGACUGCUACCUCCGCCUUUGUGCAAGGAGGAGCAGGAGGAGCACUGCCAGAGCCCUGCAAAAUGACCUCCAGCAGGCCACAAAUGUGCAUGUGUCUGCUCAAACGGUCAGAAACAGGCUCCAUAAGGGUGGUAUGAGGGCCCGACAUCCACAGGUGGGGGUUGUGCUUACAGCCCAACACCGUGCAGGACGUUUGGCAUUUGCCAGAGAACACCAAGAUUGGCAAAUUCGCCACUGGCGCCCUGUGCUCUUCACAGAUGAAAGCAGGUUCACACUGAGCACGUGACAGACGUGACAGAGUCUGGAGACGCCGUGGAGAACGUUCUGCUGCCUGCAACAUCCUCCAGCAUGACCGGUUUGGCGGUGGGUCAGUCAUGGUGUGGGGUGGCAUUUCUUUGGGGUGCUCGCAAGAGGUAGCCUGACUGCCAUUAGGUACCGAGAUGAGAUCCUCAGACCCCUUGUGAGACCAUAUGCUGGUGCGGUUGGCCCUGGGUUCCUCCUAAUGCAAGACAAUGCUAGACCUCAUGUGGCUGGAGUGUGUCAGCAGUUCCUGCAAGAGGAAGGCAUUGAUGCUAUGGACUGGCCCGCCCGUUCCCCAGACCUGAAUCCAAUUGAGCACAUCUGGGACAUCAUGUCUCGCUCCAUCCACCAACGCCACGUUGCACCACAGACUGUCCAGGAGUUGGCGGAUGCUUUAGUCCAGGUCUGGGAGGAGAUCCCUCAGGAGACCAUCCGCCACCUCAUCAGGAGCAUGCCCAGGCGUUGUAGGGAGGUCAUACAGGCACGUGGAGGCCACACACACUACUGAGCCUCAUUUUGACUUAUUUUAAGGACAUUACAUCAAAGUUGGAUCAGCCUGUAGUGUGGUUUUCCACUUUAAUUUUGAGGGUGACUCCAAAUCCAGACCUCCAUGGGUUGAUCCAUUUGAUUUCCAUUGAUAAUUUUUGUGUGAUUUUGUGUCAGCACAUUCAACUAUGUAAAGAAAAAAGUAUUUAAUAAGAUUAUUUCAUUCAUUCAGAUCUGGGAUGUGUUAUUUUAGUGUUCCCUUAAUUUUUUUGAGCAGUGUACAUACCAUGCGAUAUGUAACAUAUCAUACUAAAUGGAGUGUCUCGGAUUUACUUACAGAAUAAUACAAAAUUCUCUGACACCAGGGUGGUGUUCUGCCACCAUCUUGUGCCCAACGCCCUCAUGCUGCAAUGUUUGCGAACACAGAAAGGGGUCUAUAGUGUGUGAAUGUGAAUCUGUUUGACAUCACAAACUCUCACUGUGACUGUUUGGUUGAUGAGUCUCUUUCUGAAUGAAUGGAUAACUAACUGAAUGACUGGUGUUUUUCUUCACCUGGGGUGUAAUCAUUAGUGCACACCUUAGCAAAAUUGCAAACGGAAAACCUUUUAGCAACGAAAACGAGAGUUUCUAUUGGACAAAUUCAGGUAGGUCCCUCCCCGUUUCAUUCUGCUUGCUUCCGUUUGGUUCUGUUUGGUUCCUAGUGAAUACACCCCUGCUUCUACUCCACAUUCCUCGAGGCUCUCAACUGAAACUUUACCCUCUCCAACAGUGUUGAAGUAGGAAAAGGAUGUUUGAAAUUUCUUAUUUUCCAGGAUACUAAAAAGACCCAUCCCAAUUUUGACCAAUGUCAAUUCAUAUGUUCAUACAUUUUAAAUACACAAUGAAAAGUGUUAUUUGCUUCCAAAACAAUAUUUCCAUUUGUAUUUUUCCAUUCAGUAGUUUACAAAAAGCAAAAGUGUGAACAUCUGCUGGUCUCAACCUUCCUACUCUUGGUGUAGGUUUGUCUGUAAUCCAGGGGCAAUUUCUCAGUAAAAAGCAAGCUAGUCAAUUUUUUUUGUUUUCCUUCCUAGGUAGGAAUGUGGAAAGGGGUGGAGCGAUAGGUCCAAAUGUCAUAGUGGGUUGCUCUGCUCACAUCUGGGUGAUUCCAUACCAGCGGAAAUAUUUUUGGGAAUCUCAGAUUGUUCUGGCAAUUGUCACAUAGUAACUUCAUUGGGAGGAAGGAUGUUUGACAUUGUUUUUACAUUUGUAUCACAAACCAUUUUCGAAAAAAACAUGAUGAAAAUGGCAAUUUUAGGCCCUUUUUAGACCUAUACAUGGCCCUCCUAUAAGACUCUAUGAUCUGUGAAACGUAUAUGACAGACAUCUUGUCAUUAUACUCCUUUUUAUAGUGUGCUUUUAAAUAUGGAGUAUGUCUAGAUUCUGAAAUGUAAUUUCUCACCUUAAUUUAUUCAACAUUCAAAAUAUUAAUAUCUCAAAAGUACACUUUUGAUUUUGCUUGUUUUUAGCCAUUGUUUGCCAUCCAGCCACUGGCUGAUAAGAAUAUUAAGCAAUGGUGAAGAUGCUUUGACUGGAAUUAGAUUCUGAGCAGGAGAGCAGGACGACCGCAGAUUCUUGACAACACAUAAUCACUAAUUUCCCUGUUGCACUAUAGUGCAAUUCUCCCUGGGUAUUUCCCCCAUAGGAUUUGUAUAAUGCUAUUUUUCCAAUGUAUUCGAGAUAAUAAUUUGAAACCAGAGCUUGGCGUGUAAAAGGCUGACUGUUGAUAUAAACGUAAAAGAUUAUUGGGAGAAUGAUGUGGAAAAUGACUUUUGUUCUUUGCAGUUUCCAUUGAAUGAGUGGUGCUUUGUUGGGAAUCCAUUGGUGUACAACAAUACGGCCCACUUUUGUUAUGCAAAACAGUCAUUUCCUUAAUGCAGAAUCUCCAAUGCACUUCAUGAGCUUUAAUAACACCAGUUCAUGCUCCCUACAUAUUUGCAUCCAUAACUCCAUAUUCAUGUGUAGCUUUUUGUCAAUCUGAAUAUAUUGUCAAUAUGAAUAUAUUUAUGAUACCCACUGUUUGUAUUUCCUCCUAUAGGUUACCUGUCCCCUCACCAGAGUCCUGGAAGUUACUCCAUGGACCCCUACCCUGUUCCUCAGGGGGGGUAUGGUGACCCUAACCAUGCUCCCCUACCGGUUGGCUUCCAAAUGGGCUACAACCACCAACAACCCCACCCAGGCCAGCCUGUGAUGUACCAGCCUGGACCAAUAGGCCCAGGUCCUAUGCCCAUGCCUGAAUACGGUGCACCUCAGAUGGGCCCCAGUCCAGGCUAUGGUGGUCCCAUGCCUGGGCCUGAAUACGGUGCACCUCAGAUGGGCCCAGGCUAUGGUGGUCCCAUGCCUGGGCCCGAAUACGGUGCACCUAACUCAGGCCCUCCUGCAGCCAUCUCCCCAGCCCCUGCAGCAGUUGUUCCUGUUGGAGUUCCACCUGGUCUGGAGUACCUAACACAGGUAGGUUUGCUUGGGAAGAGUAGCAUAACAGGCUGUCAAAUACACUGAUUUCACAAACAUCCCUCUGCAUGGCACACAUACACAAUCCAUGUCUCAAUUGUCUCAAGGCUUAUAAAUCCUUCUUUAACCGGUCUCCUCCCUUCAUCUACAUUGAUUUGAAGUGGAUUUAACAGGUGACAACAAUAAGGGAUCAUAGCUUUCACCUAAAUUCACCUGGUCAGUCUGUCAUGGGAAGAGCAGGUUUUGUACCCUCUGUGUAUCUCAUACUCUGUUCUGUGUUUCAGCUUGACCAGAUACUUAUACACCAAAAGCUGGAAUUGCUGGAAGGUGAGCUCGCUAGUCUUAUCUGAGUACAGAGAGAACAGAAGUAAAGGCAAUGGAAAACUAAGGUAAUUUUUACUGGUCACCAUUCUCACCUCAUCGAUAAAUCAUGAGGAGAACUGACCACCACCAAACUACUGUUUUCCUGUUUACGUUCCUGGGUUUCUGUCCUCUCACCUUCCCCACCAUCCCCUCUUCCUUUUCCUCCCUCCGUUCCCCUCUCCUCAGCGUUCAUUGGCUUUGAGACCAACAACCAAUACGAGAUCAAGAACAGCCUGGGUCAGAAGAUCUACAAGGCCAAGGAGAAGAACGACUGCUGCACACGCUACUGCUGUGGCGCCCUGCGUAGCUUCGACAUGAAGAUCAAGGACAACACGGACCGCGAGGUCAUCCGCCUCAUACGACCCUUCCGCUGUGCCUCUUGCUGUUGCCCCUGCUGCCUGCAAGAGGUACGAUGGGGCGCUGAACACUGAGACAAAUAUUUGACUACUUUGACUAUGUACACGGGACACAAACCAGGAAAAAAAAUAGACAAAAUCAUAAUAUUGAGUCUUAAUGUGAUAGAGAAGGAGUAAAGGGACAGGUCACCUAAAAUGCAAUUGGUUAAUUUAUCCUCAGGUUAGCAUUAGCAUUGCUAUACAACUCUGUAUGAAUUACAAAUUAACGAUGCUAAUGCUAAAAAGUAAAACUGUUGGACUGGAAGCCAUUUUGGACUGUCCUACCAAAUCCCUAGUCUCUGUGCUUUGUAAAGACCCAUGAAUGACACUGAAUGGUCCUUUGUCAGUCCGAACCCUCUCCCAAACUGUCUUGAUCUGGUGUCGUCUCUUCACCUUUCAGCUCUGUCUCUAUUGAAUCACAUUGCUGGCAAGCUAACGACAGCACAUUUUGACCAGUGACAUUAUUUAGAACUCUGGAUCUGGACCCACUCGGGUCCUGGAUAGGGACUCUGGUAUUCUGGUACAGGUGGAGCCGUAAAGUACAGUACAGUACAUUCCCAUGAGACGUUAAGGUCCCUUAUGACUGCCCUUUCACACAUUAGUUCAGCAUCUAUGACUAGCCCCACAGUUACCAUGCGACGCAUAUUACCUUUGCCAUGGCAGUGAUUGCUACGCCAAUAUCAGACACCAAUGCACUCAUCAAAUUAGUGCCCUAUUGCAUGCUGAAUUAGCUUUCCAGUAACCCAAGCACAUACUAUUUAAAGCUACAGUGUACGGACCGAAGCCUGAUUUUAAGCAUGGUGAAAUACCUUUCUAAUUUUGUGUAUGUGUGUCCCCCUCAGCUCGAGGUCCAAGCUCCGCCUGGCACCACCAUAGGCUAUGUGUUCCAGGACUGGAACCCCUGCGUGCCCAAGUUCUCCAUCAAGGGGGCCAACAAGGAGACCGUAAUGAAGCUGGAGGGACCCUGCUUCGCCUGCAACUGCUGCGGGGACGUCAACUUCGAGGUGAGGGGUCAUAUAGUUUGGGCUUUCUUUGGCUGAAAUCAGUUGAUAACUGUCCUAUUUAACUAGAACAAACCUAAUCUUUGACUUUGACAUUGCUUUUAGACCAGAAAAGACUGGAUAAGUUGCCCUUUUCUCUACACACCCAUCCAAUCCUUUCAGAAGUAGUGAUGAGGUGAAGCGGCCAGAAAUCUUUGUCUCUGACCCAUGUGUUUUGCUGCCCCCCCGUAGCUGACGGGGAAAGAUGGAGGCAAGCCCAUCGGCCGCAUCAGUAAGCAAUGGAGUGGCCUGAUAAAGGAGGUCUUCACCGACACGGACAACUUUGGCAUCCAGUUCCCCCUGGACCUGGACGUCAAGAUGAAGGCUGUGCUCAUGGGUGCCUGCUUCCUCAUCGUGAGUCCAUCCGUCUGUUUUAAAUAUAGAUAUAUUCAAUUAAAAUGUAGAUUUUUUUUUUAAAUCACAGAACUUGACAUGUGUAAGGCCUAUUACUGAGCUGAUAAGAUGAGCAGUUGUUAGAGGACAUUUCGUUGACAUUUCAUUCCUCCUUUCCGCUUCACAGGAUUUCAUGUUCUUCGAGAAGGACUGAUCACUUGAGUCAAUACACUCUGUUUUUCCAUUCCCAUUCGGAACCCUCCUUUUUUCAGAUUCCGUUUGAAACUCCUUCCUUAUUCGAAACCUUAGAGGAAGCUGCCAUUCCGUGCCCGUCCCAGAACUCUUUCUGUGUAACACAACAUGAGGACUUAUCUGAUGAUGAGCUUACCUUUGAGCCAAAAUGGCCUCUGGACUGUUUCUGUGUAUCCAUCCAAAUGUAAGAAUCAGCAACUGGGCUUUGACACAUAGGCCUUAGUUUUCUUUCAAUGGGUUUCUCCACUCUUUGCAUGGAGUGUUUGUAUCUAUGUUUUCUCAUAUCUAUCUGUUUCAUCAUAUCUAUGUUUUUUGUAUUUGUUUUCUAUCAAAUAGAUGUUUUGGUUAUCUGUAUACAUUUGGGGUUCAGAACAGUAUGGAAAACUUGACAUGUUCUUAACAAAUACUUUAUUUCAGUAUUUUUUUGGUGUGACUGCCAUGGCAAGCAUUUUAUAAUACCAUACCGCUUCAGUAUUAGAUUCUAGAUUCCUUAUUUGGGAAUUUCUGUUUUGUCCGUGUGCAAUGAUCAUAUUUAGCAUCAACAUGUCAUUCGUAAAGCAAAUGUACACUGAGUGUACAAAACAUGA